GCCGCCGGCCGCCUCCUGCCGCUGCUGUGCGGGGGGACGAGGAGCAAAGGAGUGUCCCUGAACCCCGGGGUGCCGGGCCGACUCACCCAGCGGCGCUACAAGAAGGACGUGCUGCCUUCACCCGAGGGGCCCGUGCCCUCCGUCUCCAUCACCGAGAUCCGGCAGUACCUGCGGGCCCAGGGUAUCCCCUUCUAUGACGGGUACAGCUGCCUGCACACCCCCAGCCUCUUCACCGGCGCCCGGGAGGACCAGCCACCGCCAUCCGCCAGCAUCCCAUACACGCUUUUCAUUGACAAGACCACGGGCAGCUUCCUGUGCACGGCCACCCUGGCCGAGGGCACGUGGCAGGACUUCCAGGCUAAUGUGGAGCUGCGGCACCGUGGCGUUCCCCCUGCCAGCUCGGAGGAGACAGAGGAGGACAUGCGACGGACUCGCGAGGAUGCCCGCUGCAUCUGGGACCGGGCGCUGCCAUUCUGGGAGCUGCUGGACGAGGAUGAGACCAACAAGACCAAGGCCAUGUUUGGUAUCUCCCUGGUGACGGACGCCACCCUGAAACGCUUCGGGGUGCGUUAUCUGAGGACUGCCAAGUCCCUCGUCUUCCCCUGGUUCAGUCCCCGUGAUGGGACCCUGAAGGGCCUGAAGCUCCUGAGAGCGGAGAAGAAGGGGGAUGUGAUAGCUUACGUGGAAGAGACUUUACCCCGCUUCGAUUCCUAUCACAAUCUCUUUGGGCUGCCCCUGGUCGGCCGCCGAGACACAGAGCUGGUCUUAACUGGGUGGGAGCUGGAUGCCCUGGCCCUGCACCAAGCUACAGGGGUGGCCAGCCUGGCCCUGCCGCGGGGGGCCACCUGCCUGCCCCCCGCCCUCCUCCCCUACCUGGAGCAGUUCAAGCGCAUCACGCUGUGGCUGGGCGAGGACCUGCGCUCCUGGGAAGCCGCCAAGCUCUUUGCCCGCAAGCUGAGCCUCAGGCGCUGCUCCCUGGUGCGCCCUGGCAACCUGCAGCCCCGGCCGCUGGAGGCUCUGAAGCAGGGCCUGAACCUCACCAAGAUCUUACGUGCUGCCCUGCCCGCUGGCCACAAAUCCAUCGUCUCCUUCCGGCAGCUGCGCGAGGAGGUGUUCGGGCAGCUGGUCAACACCGAGCAGGUGGCCGGCAUCAAGUGGGCACGCUUCCCUGAGCUCAACAAGCUCCUCAAAGGGCACCGCAGAGGGGAGCUCACCAUCUUCACAGGCCCGACAGGCAGCGGGAAGACGACCUUUAUCAGUGAGUACGCGCUGGACCUGUGCAUGCAGGGGGUGUGCACACUUUGGGGCAGCUUUGAGAUCAACAACGUCCGCCUGGCCAAGAUCAUGCUCACACAGUUUGCUGCCCAGCGCUUGGAGGACCAGCUGGAGCUGUACGACGAGUGGGCCGAUCGCUUCGAGGACCUCCCGCUCUACUUCAUGACCUUCCAUGGCCAGCAGAACAUCAAGAUGGUGAUUGAAACCAUGCAGCAUGCCGUCUACAUGUACGACAUCACCCACGUGGUCGUCGACAACCUCCAGUUCAUGAUGGGACAAGAGCACCUCUCUGUGGACAGGCUUGCUGCCCAGGACUACAUCAUUGGUGCCUUCCGCAAGUUUGCCACGGAUAACACCUGCCACAUCACACUGGUCAUCCAUCCCCGCAAGGAGGACGACGAGAAGGAGCUGCAGACGGCCUCCAUCUUUGGCUCAGCCAAGGCCAGCCAGGAGGCCGACAACGUCCUCAUCCUGCAGGACCGUAAGCUGAUGACGGGGCCAGGGAAGCGCUACCUGCAGGUGUCAAAGAACCGCUUCGAUGGGGAUGUGGGCGUCUUCCCCCUGGAGUUCAGCAAGGCCUCACUCACCUUCUCGUCCUCUAGCAAAAGCAAGGUCAAGCUGAAGAAGGUGAAGGAGGAGAAGGAGCCUUUAGUCAAGAAAGCCCCAGAGGGAGGCUCGAGAGCCUCCAAGAAGUCAUGAGCCUGGCAGG